ACGUCACUUCCUUGCCCAUCCCUAAAGGAAAAAAAGAAAUAUCGGAGAGAACAGCGACGCCAGAAAAGUCUGUAAAAGAAGAAAAACGAGGAUAUUUAAAGAAGCUAUCGCUUAAAAGAGGAACAAACAGGUACAAACCUAUUGACAAGCACACGGUUAUCAAUCUUUACUGGACAGGAGGACACGUUCCUGGGGGGAAAAGGCAGGUCUUCUGCUUAAAAUUAAGACCACUGUUGCAACAAUGCCUCUCCACAAAUCAUCCCGAGCUCCUCGUCUGGACCCCACCAUGAUCUCAGCUCCUCUGGGUGAUUUCCGUCACACCAUGCACAUCGGUCGUGGUGGAGACGCUUUUGGGGACACCUCCUUUCUGUCCAGCCAUGGGCCCUCAAGUCCAGAUCCCAACACCGCUCAACCAGUCACGGCCACCCCCUCCAUGACUGAGAACCAAGACAUUGAGACAAACCAUAACGAUGAAAUGAAAUACGUGGAAGAUAGCAGUCCAAGCGAGCUCCGACAUUCCGAUUCAGUUUCUUCAUUUGACCUCGAUUUGGAUUUAGGGCCUUCGAUUUUGGGAGAUGUUCUGGGAGUGAUGGACGGACUGACGAUGGGUUCUUGCAAAGGCAACGAAGAGGUUUUUACGAGUGGAUCGAAAGAUGCGAUGAUGUCAUCAAGAAAUGUUGGUAAUGAGUUGAACGAGAGGAUGAGAAUGGAAAGCUUGAGCAGAGAGUUGAGAGACGAGCAGCUGAAUGAGGUCAACGGCAUCAAAUCCAAAGGGCUCAGGCCUAAAGUGCGCUUCAGCGACAAGCGCGAUGAGAUCAUCGGUCGUCAGGAAGUGAUCGAGGGGCUUGAAGCUGAAGGAGAAGAAAUGAGGCCAAAUAAAGGGAUGCAGGAGAUAAGUGGGAGGACGGCUUUCGAUAAAGACCCGAGACAAGAGGAGAUGGUUAACCGAAGAGAGGAAAACUCUCCGAGCCUUUCUUCCUCAGCGAGCUCAGAAUAUGAAGGAGUCUCACCGCUGGACAGAAGGAGAGAAGACCAACACCUUUCAGAUUCUGAUUCAGAGGAGGAGACUGCCAAUGGAGAACAGGGAUACACGUUUGAGGACGAGCUUGAUGAUGAAAUCGGGCUUUAAGAGGACAUUGCAAGCAUUUUGAGGACCAAAAAGAAGUGGAUGGAUCAAGUGAACUGAAGCAUUUAAAAAAAAAAAAACAACCAACAAGGAGAGAAAAUUACUUCUUGAGGACAAUUUGGAACUCUCUUUUAUAGCCUUAUGAAGUUUACGAUUGCGUUUACUCGUUUUCGGAUCUAUUUUAUGAGAAAAGGACGGUUUUGUAUUUUUAUUGGAUUUUAUUACUACAUAUUCUGAAAGUCUCCCACGGACGGUGAGAUAAUAUAAAAGAAUAACCCAGGAAACAGUCUUACAAGUACGUCUCCCAAGGUUUAAGCUGUAUAAUAUUGAACAGCAAAUCUUCCACUUUAUAGAUCUGUUAUGGGGCACUUCACCUUGUUCAGGUAACUGGAAACCAAUUUAAUCUCGAUGUAAAGGAAAUAGCUGGAGUUCAUAGAAAACUGAAACCAAAGGGGGUGUUUACACACACAUCAUUGUUCAACGCCAAACAAGUCAAAGCCAUUUUGUUGCCUUAAUGCAAACACAAAAUGGGUUUCAAAGUGCCGUUGUUGUUCUGUGUAAAAAAAGAAAAAGAAAAAAAGAAGUGAUUUUAUGACAAUUGUGGAAUCACUCACAAUUUGCUUUGAGUAACCAAAACAAAAAUGCUGGACUGCAAGACAAUAGCUGCGUCC